UCCCUGGGUGAGGAUGCCCAGGUGGGCAGCCACGUAGUGAGAUCUCGGCGACAGGUAGCAGUGGGUGCAGGGUGAGGUCAGUGAUCGCGCCAUCGGGAAAAGGAGCACGAUUGGGGAAAAACAAUCACUUACCUAUUUUGAGAUACAAGAAAAGAGUAGGGCCUUUGCUAUCAAGAUAACUGAUGUAGAGCGCAAACGACUAAUUGAGAAUAAAAAUGUCUACUUGGCAGAGCAAUGCACUGUGCUCAACCAAUCUUGGAUGCAUUGAGGACACAUAGUUGCUUUUUCUCAACAUAAUUGGAGCAAAUAUUUGCCAUGGGAAGGUUCUGUGUUUCCUGCUUAUUUCCUGCUUCGUGGCAUUUCAGUUUAUCCCCUUCAGCGUGCCCUCGGCCUCUCAACACGACCUAUCGCCAGUUGACAGCUGUUGCAUUACUUACUGUUUUAAUCUCUCUAUUAUACAUUUUGCUGGUAUUGGACAGGAGUCGAUGGGGACGUUUCUACCAGGACAAAGGAGAUAGAUAUUUAACCAGAUUGAUAGAUAUGGAGGCCACUGAUGUAAAGAAUCCUUACUUAAACUAUGGUAUAGUGAUAGACUGUGGAAGUAGUGGCUCGAGGCUCUUUGUGUACUGCUGGCCAAGACACAAUGGGAAUCCGCAUGAUCUACUCGAUAUCAAACAGAUGAGGGGCACGAACAGACUGCCUGUGGUGAUGAAGAUAAAGCCAGGUAUUUCAGAACUGGCAUCAACACCAGAAAAAGCUAGUGAUUACCUCGCACCUCUUCUGAAUUUUGCUGCAGACCAUAUUCCUCAUUCUAAACACCAAGAGACUCCUUUAUACAUCCUAUGCACUGCAGGCAUGAGGAUUUUGCCUGAAAACCAGCAAAAUGCAAUACUUGAAGACCUCCGUACAGAUAUCCCACUUCACUAUGAUUUCCUGUUUGCAGACUCACAUGCUGAGGUAAUUUCAGGCAAACAGGAAGGUGUGUAUGCUUGGAUUGGAAUCAAUUUUGUCCUGGGAAGAUUUGACCACAUCAGUGCUGGUGAAGAUUCGAUGGUGGAAGUCAACGUUCCUGGCACUGAAACCCAGGCGGCCAUUGUCCGCAAGAGGACAACUGGUGUGCUGGAUAUGGGUGGAGUUUCCACUCAAAUAGCCUAUGAAGUCCCCAAAACUGUAAGCUUUGCCUCUUCACAACAGGAGGAAGUAGCCAAGAACCUGCUGGCAGAGUUCAAUCUGGGCUGUGAUGCCCAUCAAACAGAGCAUGUAUACAGAGUCUAUGUCACCACAUUUCUAGGUUUCGGUGGGAAUGCUGCCAGGCAGCGCUAUGAAGAACAGAUUGUCUACAAGACUAUGCUCACAAACAGGUUGCUGGGGCAGAAGACGGGUACAUCUGAGGAAAUCCCAUACUUGGACCCCUGUUUGCCAGUUGACAUCAAGGAUGAAAUUCAUCAAGAUGGGCAUACUGUGUACUUGAGAGGACUGGGAGAUUUUGACUGGUGUCGGGAAGUGAUUAGCCCCUUAUUGAAUAAAACUAAUGAAACUUCGACAUCCCUUAGUGGGGUCUACCAGCCACCCGUAGACUACAGAAACAGUGAAUUUUAUGGUUUUUCUGAAUUUUUUUACUGUACUGAAGAUGUCUUGCGAAUGGGUGGUGCCUACAACGUUACUAAAUUCAUGAAGGCUGCUAAGGAUUAUUGUGCAACAAAGUGGACAGUUCUGAAGGAACGUUUUGACCGUGGCUUGUACUCCUCUCACGCGGACCUGCACAGACUGAAGUAUCAGUGUUUUAAAUCGGCGUGGAUGCAUGAGGUUCUUCAUCGUGGGUUCUCCUUCCCUGUGAACUAUACCAACUUGAAAACAGCUCAGUUGGUCUAUGACAAGGAAGUACAAUGGACACUUGGAGCAAUCCUCUACCGCACUCGUUACCUACCCUUAAGGGACAUUCAACAGGACAAUUUCAAGGUGAACCACUCACACUGGAGGGGCUUCUCCUUCGUCUACAACCAUUAUUUAUUUUUUGUCUGUUUCCUGGUGGUCCUCUUGUCCAUCGUUCUCUACUUGCUGCGACUGCGACGGAUCCAUCGCAGGAUGUUGCACAACUCCUCGCCUGCUGCGCUCUGGAUGGCUGAAGGCGGGCUACCUCAGAUAUCCGAAGUUUCUUGAGAUCCUGUGGCUGGAAUGGCAGCUUCUUGGGGUGAAGUUUGUCUGCCAGCAUGAUCUUUGUUGAGGAACACGAGGCAACGUGCAAAGCUUUGAAAUGGUUUCCAUUGGACUGGCACAGCAGGUAUAUGGACAUUGUCAUCUGGCUUAACUUUUCCUCCUGGACAUCCUUCAGAUCUUCACCUGUCUUUUAGGGCUGUCAAGACUGAUUUGUAUGUUUCCUUCCAUUGGUUUGUCAAGUGGUAGGCUGCAAAACGUGAUCUUCAAAGUUUGUAUAAGAGAAUGGAACCUCCUAAAGUUGUCAGAUGUCUUGCACAAAGUAAUAGUAGUCAACCAGGUUUGGGGCUUUGAGUGACAAAACUUCCCAUUUUGUCUUUCAUUUAAAAAAAAAUUAAACAUUUGGAAAACCGUGUUACUUUGCAGAGUGUUCUAAGCCAAACCUGGAUGUCUCCUUUCAGGGGAAGAGAGUCUGGUCCAAUACAUGCUUGUAAUAUGAAAAUGAAUGACAAUCGAACAUGUUGAAAUGUUUAUUUAUAAUUGCAAUAAAUUGAGCUGAUGAGGAUACAUUUGUUACUUAGCAAUCAAUGACCAUGUGAUA